CAUUCUGUCCUCUUUUGGCCCCUACUCUUCCUUCUUGGCUAGGUCUCCCCCCAUGCGGCCCCACCCUCCUUGGUUAGGGUCUUCUGUCCCCGGCUCAGCCCCGCCCUCCUGGCCAGGCCCCGCCCUCCUCGGGGAGGCCCACCCCUCUCUUCCCGCCUCUGUCCCCUCCACUCCCCGCCCUCGGCCCCGCCCCGUUCUGGGCUAGGCCAUGCCCAUCUGACCACGCCCUCCUCGGGUUGGCCCCGCCCCUACCGCGCAAGCCUAAGAAGGGGGGUCCCACCCCGGUUGGAAGCUGGUGCAGGACUGAGGGGCUCUGGGCCUAGGACCCGCGGAGUAACUUCCAGGUAUCGAGAACCUUCCCUGUGAACUUCAGAGGAACUUCCAGCUGAUGCGAGAACUGGACCAGAGGACAGAAGAUAAGAAAGCCGAGAUCGACACGCUGGCGGCGGAGUACAUCGCCUCGGUGAGGGCCCUGUCUGCGGAGCAGCGCGUGGCGCAUCUGCAGAGGAUCCAGAGCGCCUACAGCCGCUGCAAGGAGUACAGCGACGACAAGGUGCAGCUGGCCAUGCAGACCUACGAGAUGGUGGAUAAACACAUCCGAAGGCUCGAUGCGGACCUGGCGCGCUUCGAAGCAGACCUCAAGGACAAGAUGGAGGGCAGCGACUUCGAGAGCUCUGGAGCACGAGGGUUAAAAAAAGGUCGAGGUCAGAAAGAAAAGAGAGGCUCCCGCGGCCGAGGCCGGAGAACCUCCGAGGAAGACACUCCGAAGAAGAAGAAGCACAAAGGAGGGUCCGAGUUCACUGACACCAUCCUGUCUGUGCACCCCUCCGAUGUGCUGGACAUGCCCGUGGACCCGAACGAGCCCACGUACUGCCUGUGCCACCAGGUGUCCUACGGGGAGAUGAUCGGCUGUGACAACCCAGACUGUCCGAUCGAGUGGUUUCACUUCGCCUGUGUGGACCUGACCACGAAACCCAAAGGAAAAUGGUUCUGUCCGCGCUGUGUUCAGGAAAGGAGGAGGAAGAAGUGAGGACGCGGGCCCUGGGCCGGGAGAGCGCGCCGUGGGCUCCGCCGUGCACGCUGCAGCGUUUUAUCUUCAUUCUGAAACGACCUUGUUCCGGGUGAUAUUUAAUAACUCAAUGGCCAGUUGUAAUUCUGGAUAUUUCCUAAGACAAACAAACCCACCUGAGCCCUGUUUGCACAGAGGAGCAACCUCAUGGGGACUUGCCCCCGUGGCUUCGCCCUCGUGACUUCGCGCAGAACCCGGCCAGCCGCCCGUGGCGUGCGGGGGGCGUGCCGGGCCUGUGGGCACCCCCGCCUGGUGCGUACACUGCCACCGCUCUGCAGCCAGAGCUGUGGGCCUCGCGUGGCCUGUCCAGUGUCCUGGGCCGCUCCCCGAGAGCCCGGCACGUCUUUCCAUGCCGAGGGCAUGCGCGGAGUGGCGGUGGUGACGGCAGGCUCCUCCCGCCUCAGCUCUGCCUCACUGUGACUGCCUUUGUCGUCUGGACUCCCGCCCUGCCCUGCUGGGGUUCCACCUUCCGGGCACGCCCUGGGAUGGGCCGGCGGCCGCGGUUCGGGGCCCAGCACCGGCGAAGGGCGCCGUGGCCCGUGGGCUGGCGCUCCGGGCCUCUGGGAAUCACAGACGUUUUUACUGUGAAGGUGAAGUUAGUGUAAUAGCAGAUAGCGUGUCUGUAUGAAGUGAGUCCAGUCCACUAAGAGCUGACUUUAACCCGCUUGUGUCGCACAGUAGGUCCACAGCUUACAUGGGGGUCGACAAUUAUGUGAUGUGAUUUGUGUAUUUGUGUCACAGUAGCUGUUCUGGAAUGAAGCUAGGAAACUAGGGUGUAUUUUCUGUUUAAUCAGCACUCACCAAACAAUCUUGAGCUGUCUCUUUGGUACUAGUUGGGGACACUGCACACAUUCGGUGCGUGGGCUCCAUCUGUGAUGGUGCCUGCAGGGUGACUCCUGGGAGUGUCCCUGGACUCUCCAAGGCAAAGUCAAGAUUUCUGAAGAAAGAAGAGAAACCUGUUUUUGUCCUCAUGCCUGAGAAAGACACCCGCGAGGUAGACUCGAGGUGCGAAAUGUCCAGCUUCAGAAGAAUCUCGUCUUCUCUGAGGAGGGUCGUCUGGGGUGACGCGCCGUCUCCUGCUUCUUAACGUUCCACCGAGCAGAGGACCCAGGCCCAGGGGAGCUGGAGACGCUGUCCUAGAUGAGCUGUUCCUGCAGGUGACAGUGGGGAUCGGAAGGUGGCCAAGGCCCAGCUGGAAUCCCCAUCUGCGGCUCUCAGCGGACCUCAGGCCACACCGGACGUGUCUGCACUGCUGUCCUGUGUGGGGCGAGCUGAGGGAGCAGGACUUCCUCCCGGAUGACUGUGGGGUCACAGGUCAGCGUGUGCGACCUUUCCCGUCUCAGGCUGAGUGGUUCGGCUUGUCGCCGCCCUGUCCCUGGGCCCGGCGAGCACUCUCACAGCCGGCUCCUUCCUGGUAGGGGCGGCACCAGGCUGAGCACUGGCCACUCUGGGAAUGAGGCACACUUGUAUCUUGACUUAGCUCUGUGUUAACGCAGGUGUUUAAAAAUGUGGGGAAUAAAUUGUGGAAAACUGUUUUCUUCACUCUUUUACCAGUUUUUGUGGAGAGCAUAGGUAAGUACAGUAAGUGAGUUUGUGAUGAUUCUUUAGAAGCUAAUUUAAUAUUUGUACUUCGUUUUAGAACACUUUGCGAUUACUGUCCCCGGGGGAAAACAGUGGUGUUUGUGGAUGUAGGUUGACAGCUGGUGGUUCUCAUUGUCACCUGGUUUCCUGAGGCCUCGCUCAUUCCCAGGAAAGGUGGCCAACUUCUCUGUCUUAAGCUUCUGUUUAAAAUUCGAUGCUGUCACCUUGCUUCACUGUAACGUCCCAUGUAUCGGCCUGUUUUAAGUUUCUGUGCUUAUCUGUUUCUAGUGUUUAUUUUUGCCAGGUACAGUGAUAUCACCAAAAUAACACGCACACAGCUCUGAAGAAGACGGAAAGGAGCAGCCUCGGAAGGCUCCGCGGACGCUCUUGGGAUGGUGAUCGGCCUUCCUGACUGUCAGCACUGCACAUGAGUCAGAACUGCUCGAGUGCUGUCUGCUCGGGAGGACUGUCACGGCACUUGGCCUGGCCGUGGGGGACGGCUGGCGCCCGCACUGCUCGACCACCCAAGCAUUGCCCUGCACGGCCUGGCUGCCCUCAUCCUGGGUCAUUCGGGCCAGACCCCUGGCCGUGCUGCCAGGCCCCACAUCUGAUCCUGGGGGCGGCUCUGCAGCCAGCCCCGUCCCUUGGGUUGAGGGUUCUGGGCCGGGCCCAGCAGUGCCCCCUUGCAGCUGUCAGAGCUGAGGGCGCGCGGGCCCUCCGUGACUGUGGGUUAUCGGCAAGGGAGGGAGGCAGCAUCACCUUCCUGUUCUCAGAGCUGCACCGUCAGCCAGCACCUCGGAGCCUCUAGUUCUCCGGCAGGAGCCACGCGCUGCACUGAUACAGUCUGCUAAGCUGAGCCCCGCAUCUCUGGCUGUGCUCGUGGAGAUAUUGGCUGGGCUGAGGCUGAGUGACGGUGCCCACUCUGCAGGCUGGGGCCCCUGGGCAGGGGGAUGCGAGACCGGUCCUGGCCAGGGCCGGGAGAGCUGCCCUGCAGUGGAGUCUUGCUGGGAUACAUGGGGACACAGCCAUGUUCUGCAGCCACGCUGCACCUUGCCACCUUCCGUGUCCCUUGGCGGGGCUGCUCUGAGCAAUAACACUGUCCGCAGAGCAGCUUCCCCACGUGCCACAGCCGGGCCUGCCCACCGCAGGGCUCGGACACUCCUGGGCACUGCAGAGGCAGCGUUUUCCUCGGUUUUCAGUGAAUAGCAGUUGGUUUCAUUACCUGUGUCGAGAGGAGUUUCAGAACGGGAAGUCUGAGAAAAAUGUCCUCAUUCAGGAGACAGUUCUAUGAAGUUCCUUUCUUCCUACGUCUGUAUUUUGUGGUAUUCACCACAUUUCAUCCAAAAAGACAAUGCAGCUUUAACAUGAAUGUUACGUUUUAUUUUCAAGGGAUUAUUACGUCCCCUUUGUAAAGGAAAGAUGCUAUUGUAAAUCUUUUUAUUAAAUAAUGUAAAGGUGUA